AUGGAGGGGAGGAACCCGGCUUCCUCCCCCUCGACAGUAGCCGUCAUUACGUCACUGGUGAAAAAUCCUGUGCAUAUACCAGUCUACAAGAAAGUAGGUGACACAGUUGUCCUCUCACCAGGCUUGGUGACGGAUCCCAUCUCCACCAUAACGUGGAAACACGGAUCUGCCAUUGCCAUGGAUUGGUACGAUAACCACACUGACUCCUACCGACAAUUUAAAGAUCGUGGUUUGCUGAAUGGUUUAACUGGAGAGCUGACGAUCAAAGGACUGACUCGAAACGACAGCGGCAGCUACACGUCGGAGAUCAACAACCGAGUCACCAACAAGACUCAACUCCUGGUUAUCUCUCCUGUCUCUAAACCCACUGUCUCCACAUGGUGGCCUUGGCGGUUGGCAUCAAGCAAGGAGUACUUUAUAACAAAGCCGACGGAGGGGCCUUGGUUCAGCUGUGAGCUGCAAAACCCAGUCGGCUCCAAACGCAGUGAACAAGUCUUCAACCCCUUCACCCUUAGGGAUCAGGAAGUGAACUCCAUCUUGGGCUUACUAUUAGCAGCAGAGAUUCUGUAUUUCGUCUUUAUCAUAUGCAAACACAUAUAUGAACAAAGAGGAAGAGAUGUUAAUGCGUUAGAGGAAGUGAUUGAGAAAAUCAUGGUCUUCAUCUUCAUCUUAGAAUUACCAAUCCAACUGAUUGUGUGUAUCCUCACUUCCAUCUACAUACACAAAUACAAAAGCACAACAGGGAUUUUGGAUUUGAGCAUCUUCAUCUUCGCCUUAGUAUUAACACUUGACAGGAUUCCGUACAGAGUCUUUCUCAUAUACCAAUACAUAUACACAUACAUAUACACAAGAAGAAGAGGAGGAGAUGUUAAUGCGACAAGGGAAGGGAUUUGGAAAAUCAGGGCCUUUUUAUCCAGCUUACAAUUAGCAAUCCUACUGAUUGUGUGUAUCAUCUUUUCCAUCUACAUACACAAAUACAAAGGCACAGCAGGGAUUUUGGAUUUGAGCAUCUUCAUCUUCGCCUUAGUAUUAACACUUGACAGGAUUCCGUACAGAGUCUUUCUCAUAUACAAAUACAUAUCCACAAGAAGAAGAGGAGGAGAUGUUAAUGCGACAAAGGAAGAGAGAUCAGAGAUGAUGUCAAGGGACCAAGAAACAGCCAACCAGAACCAACCAGGGGAUAAUCAGUCAGCAGAUCCACAAGACAACCAAGAGGCAUCAAUCCAGGAUCGGACAUCGGUUGUGUCCCAAUAUACCAACAACGUUACUGAGAGGUCAACAACCUUUCCAGAGGUCCAAGAAACAUCUGCUCAGGGCCCAACAUCUGUUGCGUCCCCAGAAACAAGGAAGGAACCGGUGGUUUAAACUUGAUCAUACCAAAUAAGACGGACUCCCAAAACUACAACAUUAAAACCCCCAUAGGUACAGAGUCGUGUGUACCUGACGAAAAGCCAGUUUGGGCUCGAAACACUGGACUUUUACGACUGUAAUAUCAUAGGAAAUUUAAAGGGAGUGUUUAAUAGAGUCAGAAUUCACAGUCACAGUUUUUUUGUACUCAGCAUCUGAACAAGAACAAUGUGUGUUUUUCCCACUGGCUGCUUGGAUGUGACAUUUAUUUUUUCAUUUGGCAGUGGGUUUAGAGGACCGAGAAACUUCCACCUGAAACCUGCUGUGUCCUUGGACCCUUGUAACAACAGUGAACAAGAAGUUGGCACCGUGUUUCACAUGUAUUGCGAUGUUGACAAAUGUUGUGUAAUUUGAGAGAGAAGUCGGCGAUGAUGUCAGGUGGCCAAGAAACAGCCAACCAGGACCAACCGGUGGACAAUCGGGCAGCGGAUCCACAUGAUGAG